GGUUGUCUUGCUCUGCAUGCUUUUUAUCUUCAGCAGCCGUCCUUCGGAAAUUAAUCUGGCCAUCUCUGCCCUGUGUUCUCUUCUCCUCCUUCCCACUAAUUUCUUGCAUACCCUUCACUACCUCCGCAUAACUUCUGUUAUGGGCCACUGUCACCAUUUCUCUGUUGUUUCUUUUCUGCCUCUCUUCCUGUUUCUCAUCAUCAUAUCGCGGCCUAUUGACCCAAAGUUUCUGCCCCCCCACCCAAAUCUAGUCCAACUGUCUUUCUAAUUCCUUCUCAUCUUUCACUUCUAGAAAUCUCACAAAGUCAAAUUUACUUUCGUUCUUGCUUUUUCUACUUGGGCUGUAGAUGUCAUAAACUCGUCCAUAUUUCAAGAACGUCCUCCACAUAUCCCAUAGCUCCACUCGUCUGGACAGUUGGUGAAGAAGUAUGAUGUGGCUUGCUUGUACAGACCCCAGUUGUAUGUCCCCUCUUCCUUCCGUUUCCGAACCUGGUACUGAUUACUCUGCCCUCUCCCUAUGAAUGCUGGCUCCCCCCUCCGUUGGUGACUUCUUCCAUAAGAAUCUGCAUGCUCUCGAUUCAGUGCCGUCCGCCUUGCCCGUGAACUCUUGCUUGAAGUGGCUUGACUCAAAAAAAUUCCAAUUCGAAGUUGUGGCGGUCGGGCUACCAAUGGUUACAUGGCCACUGGAAUCGGUACAAUUCUGCAACGAAAAGUUGGCAAAUGAAGUUGUGAAGAUUGGAGUUGGUGUUGGGGUAAAAGAAUGGGUUAGAGUGGUGGGUGAUUUUGUGAAGAGAGAAGCAAUAGAGAAUGAUGUGAAGGAGAUAAUGUUCGGGCCUUCGGGGAGAGAGCAGAGGAGAUGAGGAGCAGAGCCAGGGGCAUUAGGGGACCUGGCCAAAUGGGCUGUUGAGAGAGGAGGCCCGUCGUACCAUAAUUUGAGUUGUUUUUGGAAAUAGGAAAUGGAAUAAUUUGAGUUGUUUGAUUCAAGAGCUCUUGAGCUUACCCGGCAGUUGAAUAAAGGAAAGAAAGAAUG